CUCCAGCAUUAUCCUGCAGGAAUACAGCGUCUUCUCUCCUGCGCAGUGGAGGUGGAAUAGAAGUUAUGAGACCGUCGAACAAUUAAAAUUUGUUAAAUAACUAAACGCAGACGACUGAUGAGGCUUCACAAUCCAACAGGAGGACAGCCACAGUGUGCAACACCGCCGCGGCGCUCCAGACAGACUGGAGCCAGCAACUUGUGAGACGUCCCAGAGCCGCAGCACAACCUAAAGCCCAUGGACUAAAACACUGCCUGUGUACUGGUGGGAGAGUCAAGCCAAGACAGGGACACUGGGAGUCGUCGGUGAGAAGCAGUGCCUUCUUUUGAGUGAGACCUGCUGCGUUGUGUCUGCUAGGCAGCAGUCCUGAUCCCAGCUCCCGCGGACUGAACACCCCCUCACACACAUCCCAUCAGUGGUGGUGACCCAGCUCCGGACAGCUUGCUGCAGGGCCCUUCCUGAGCAGCAGCAGCUGCGUCCUGCUUGUUGCCUCCCCUCCCUCCCCUCGCUUCCUGUCCUUGGUCAGACAAGGCUAAAGCCUCCUCUCCCCUACCCCACCCUUUUCUCUACUGGCCUCUCCUACACACACAUACACUCAGGCAGAAUUUCCCUUGUUGACCACACACUCAUACACCCAUUCAGUCUAUUGACUUUUGUUGAAGAACAUCAGCUGGUGACUCGGCACCUCGUAGUCCCCUCAGUCAGGUCAGUUGGUCUUCCUAGUGUAGUACCUCCCUUUCCCCUACACUACAGCAUCCAGCAUGACCUCCAUGUCCAGUCUGUUCUCCUUCACAAGCCCAGCAGUCAAACGCCUGCUUGGCUGGAAGCAGGGUGAUGAGGAAGAGAAAUGGGCAGAGAAGGCAGUGGAUGCGCUGGUGAAGAAACUGAAGAAGAAGAAAGGCGCCAUGGAGGACCUCGAAAAAGCCCUGAGCAGCCCUGGGCAGCCCAGCAAGUGUGUGACCAUCCCCAGAUCGCUGGAUGGCCGACUGCAGGUUUCCCACAGGAAAGGCCUGCCGCAUGUAAUCUACUGCCGUGUGUGGCGCUGGCCCGACCUCCAGUCCCACCAUGAGCUCAAGCCCCUGGAGGUGUGUGAAUAUCCGUUUGGCUCCAAACAGAAGGAGGUCUGCAUCAACCCCUAUCACUACAAGAGAGUGGAGAGUCCUGUGCUCCCUCCUGUCCUGGUGCCACGGCACAGCGAGUUCAACCCGCAGCACAGCCUGCUGGUUCAGUUUCGUAAUCUCACCCACAACGAGCCGCACAUGCCCCUGAACGCCACCUUCCCUGAAUCUUUCCAGCAGCCGCACAGUGGUGGCAGCGGUGGCGGCGGCGGUGGCGGAGGCAGCGGUGGUGGCGGCGGCUCCUUCCCCAUCUCUCCAAACUCCCCUUACCCCCCAUCCCCGGCCAGCAGCGGCACCUACCCCAACUCUCCUGCCAGCUCGGGUCCCUCCAGUCCAUUCCAGCUCCCAGCUGACACCCCACCCCCAGCCUACAUGCCCCCUGAUGAGCAGCUGGGCCAGGACAGCCAGUCCAUGGAGACCAGCAGCAGCCUGGUGCCUCAGAACAUGCCCAGAGGAGAUGUGCAACCAGUGGAGUAUGAGGAGCCCAGCCAUUGGUGCUCCAUUGUUUACUAUGAACUCAACAAUCGUGUGGGCGAGGCUUACCAUGCAUCAUCAACCAGCGUGCUUGUGGAUGGUUUCACUGACCCCUCCAACAACAAGAACCGCUUCUGCCUCGGCCUGCUCUCUAACGUCAACCGCAACUCAACCAUUGAGAACACCCGCCGACACAUCGGCAAAGGAGUGCACCUGUACUAUGUGGGUGGAGAGGUAUACGCCGAGUGCCUGAGUGACACCAGCAUUUUUGUCCAGAGCCGUAACUGUAAUUACCACCAUGGUUUCCACCCCACCACUGUCUGCAAGAUCCCCAGCGGCUGCAGCCUCAAGAUCUUCAACAACCAGGAGUUUGCGCAGCUCCUGGCCCAGUCAGUCAACCACGGCUUUGAGGCCGUCUAUGAGCUCACCAAGAUGUGCACUAUCAGGAUGAGCUUUGUCAAGGGCUGGGGAGCCGAGUACCACCGACAGGAUGUCACUAGCACCCCCUGCUGGAUAGAGGUGCACCUGCACGGGCCCCUCCAGUGGCUGGACAAAGUGCUGACACAAAUGGGUUCACCUCUCAACCCGAUCUCCUCUGUGUCCUAAUGAUGGCCCCCUGCGAGCUCGGGAGAUUCUUUUUACAGAUUUUUUUUAACAGUUACUUUAUGUGCCCCUCUCCCUCCUUCCCCCUCACUGAUUUAUAAUUUAAGUUGGUCUUAAUGGCUGAACUGUUUACACUUACUGUGGGAGGGGAUGUUGAUCUCUGGCUAGAACAGCAGCAGCAGCUGCCAGAAUCCAGUUGUUCAAAGAGAGUAACAUUACAAGCAGACACCUGGAGAAAAAGGAACAGCCCCAGCAACAACAAUGACAUGGACGCACUACUGCUUGACAAGGCUAUCAUCAUAUGAAUCAAAUGUGGGCUUGAUUGUCAAGCUUUUUUUUUUUUUUUUCAUCAAGUUUUAUUGUUUCCUCAGACAAUUUUAUCUCUCUUUGUAGUGUAUGAAUGAAAGAGAAUUGUUUAUCACUACUCUGCCUUACAACAGUCAGACUUGGAAUUUUACUGAACACUUUUUUUCUUACAUUGUUGUCUAAAUGUCAGAUAUUUACAGUUAAGGUAUAGAUCCAAUUAUGUUUACUAUUAGGCUCAGAUAUAACAAAUGCUUCCUUUUUAUAGACUCUACUGCUAGAAACAAACACUGAGCUACUGCCUUUUAAUAAAGUAUGUAUGCCAACCUGAUAGUCUUUGAUAUGGGAGAUCAAUCACUGAACAAGUUUAACAUGCCAUAAGCUAAUAACAUUGUGAAUGUUACAUCUCUUGCAAUAGAAGUAGUCAUUUGUGAUAUAAUCAGACAGUGGACUUCAUCAUUACUGAUUCUUGUUUGUAUUACUGAGUUCAAGUGAAAGAGUGACUAUUUUCCAUACUCACUGUAUUAACAAUAUUGUGCACUCAUGGAUUUUGUGGAGGCAUAUUAAAUUUUGGUGUGGGUACCAAGGCAUUAUGUUGCUAGAUAAAUGACUUCAUUAGCACAAUGAAAUAAACACAGGUAAUUUGGUAACAAUUAA